AUGCGGGUUCUGUGCGCGCUGCUACUGGUGCUGUUCGCCGGCUCGGUGAGGCUGGAGGACACGUACUGCUUCCGCCUCACGUGGCUGGGCCCCACGUGGGACAACAGCAGCGAGCUGGGCAACGUGACGUGCAAGGACCUCGACCUGAUGGCGCCGUGUACCAACCCGCUGGUCAUCACAGUGGACCGCACGCCGCCGAACCUGACGUACAUGUGGUACACCUAUGAGCGGUCCCAAGUAGCCUGCAAACUCGCCAGGGGCCAGGUCUGCCUCAAGUACGCCAACUACUACAACGACCAGCUUGAGAACGUAACGUACUUGUGCGGCAAGAUGACGCUGGACGGCAACGCAGUGACCUCGGGCUGCGAAUGGACGACCAAGGGCGCGUACCGCACCGAAGCGUGCGCCUGCACCUCCUACAGCUCCACAGGAAUACCUUGCAACUCGGCCACAGCACUGUCCGGGCAGCACUUGGUGGCGCUGCUAGUAGUUACGCUCGCUGCCGUCUUGGCGGCGCUACCUGCGGCAUCCGUUUUCUGCAGUGCAUAA